AUGGGGUGCGGCACAGGCAAGCCGGCGGCUGUGUCGCCUUUGGGGUCACCAGUUUGCACAGUUGUCCCGACCAAGGCAGCUGAUGCGAAGCCGGUAGCGGUGGUGUUGCCGGGGGGCUACGCCAAGCAGAUCAUGGAGGACUCCCCCUUUACGUAUCACAUCCUGGACGACCCCAACUACAACAUGGGAAACGUCAUGGGCUUCGACGCGGACCGCUUCGUGGAGGAGGCCAUCAAGUACUGCAGGACCCAUGGCAUCAAAGGGGUGUUCGGUUUCGACUGCUUCCCCAGCUUGCUGGCCUCCAUUAUCAACACUGCCCUGCAGCUGCCGGGGCCGUCCUUCCUGAGCGUGUUCCACUGCGUCAGCAAGUACUACAUGCGGAAGGCCCUGACCCCCGAGGUGAAGGUGGGCAUGAUCGACCCCAAGACCUGCGCCAAGCAGGUGCCGCCCAACCCGGAGGAGUUCCCACUGGUAGUCAAGGAGACGGACUGCCAGUUCUACAUCGGCACCUGGAUCGUGCACAGCAAGGACGAGUGGGUGACGCUGAUGGAGAAGUUGAGCAGUCGGGACCAGAAGCUCCACGACCAGCGAAAGCAGUUCUACUUUAAGUGGUUCCAACAGUUGCACCCACAGAACGCUCCGGAGGCCCGGUGGGAGGACUUUGUGCUCUACCACUCAGAGCCCUACUUCGCCGGCCGGGAGCACCAGAUUGAGAUUGUGGUGGACAACGGCAAGGAGCUGGUGGCGGACACGGGGGACAUGAUCAAGGUCGGGGACAUCCUGGGAAUGUUUGUGACGCCCGGGUCGUUUGAGAUGCCGAAGGUCUUCGCGCACGACAUCACGAAGAAGCUCUACGACAUGGGCUACAACAACCAGGCCCUCGACCUUGAGUUCAUCUUCACAGAGUCUGGGCCGCAGCUGGUGGAGAUCAACAGCCGCUACAGCUACAUGGGCUUCCGGUCUUGGUACGAGGUCCACGGGACCCACGCCCCAGCGGCCACUUCCCAGCUGGCCUCCAAGCCGUGCCUGCGGAACCUGGAGAACCGCACGCGGUCGUGCCUGGGGGAGCCGGUGCCCAAGUUCCCCUCGGACAGCAACGUGAUCUCCAAGCUGGCCGUAGCCGUCUUCACCAACAAGACGGGCCCGGUGAAGGACAUCGUGGACCUGGACUACUUGGAGAAAGUCGUGCAGGAGGGUAAGGCAGAGUGCUGGGUUCCCAAGCCUGCCUUCAAGGCGGGCGUCAUCAAGGAGACAGACCUCUCCUACGGAGAGGGGAAUGUAUUUUGUAAGCUUGGCUUCAUAAUGAUGACAGCCAAGAGGACAGACUUUGAGGCCACCAAUGCCGCGAUCCGGGGCAUGUUCAAGAACAUCUUCCGUGAGGCGGACUCAUAUCUCCUCGUCCAAGACGAUGAGAUUGGGUAUGAGGUGGACAAGAAUGCCCUUCUUUCCCUGGACGAAGCUCCGGCCUCGCGCAUAGAAGCUGCCGCAGCUGAGUGCUGUUGUUAG